AUGAAUGCGCCGGAGCCGCUCACGUGUCUUAUUUGCGCGAAAGGGUUCAAUAACAAAAGCGAGCAUGCCAGGCUUGUACUAAAGCCAAAGCACGUUGCGAUGCUUCUCUUCCACAUUGUUCGCGGUGUUUGGCGCAUAUCGAAGUCGCGAACAAGCCACGCGAUAUCUCAGGGAGCGUUGGAUUAUCCCGUUGAUACUCUUAGAAAUCACCAAGUCACUAACUUGGAUAUUGUUGAAACCCGAGCCUAUCAUGAUUAUGACCCUUACUCGGUCACUACCAAUGUCGCCAACUUCGACAGCGUGAAAAAUGACGCAGAAGAGUUCCAGCUCACAGGUGGCGAAGCCUGGGAGUUUUCUGAUGAGACCGAAUCGGUCACACAAGAUUCCCUAACAACACUGUUUCCACGGCCGUUGAGACUUUUUAUCCCACAAUGUUUUGCUGGUAGCAAAUCUCCCCUUACCCAGCGUUAUCUCCUGUGUACGCUCCGUUCGUAUCCUGUCAUGAUGCUUCGCGGCCAGAAUCCCCCGUUCAUCCACCCACGUACCAUCUUCGACGAACCUGAAGAUUUCGGACCUAGGCGAAAAAUGAAGGCAGGGCCGCUGGCAGUUUGCAAUGAGCUUUUGCAAAUGUUCACGAUGAAGAAUCGGGAUAAUGUUGUCCAAAUUUGGCGAGCUAUCAGAAUGGAGCAAGAGAGAUUAUUGUCAGAGUGCCGCGGCUAUGACUACCACCAUACCCUUGCUGCUCUUCAGGCCAUAUCCAUAUACUUUAUUCUCCGUAUCUUUGAGAAAAACGAAGAGGCAACCGACUUUGAUGUUCCGCUGGUGCAGACUAUGCUGGAGCUUGCGGUUCAUUUAGCCCGACUGGAGAAAAAUCGUUCUCGGCUUAAUCUUUCAGACUGGGAGGACUGGAUUUUGACGGAAUCGACAAUUCGCGGAGAGUCUCUACGCAACAGUCGAUUACCAAGCGGGCGAAAUAUAUGGCAAGCAAACUCGAAAGCGGCAUGGCUACGAGAAUAUGAUAUGCAAGAUCGCAGGCUCAUGCCUCACAGUUCAAAGUCAAAAUUGACCUAUGCAGAUCUUUUGGAUUAUAAUCUCAAAAAUGACGGGGGUCUGGACUAUUGGCUAUCAGAGAUUGAUGACUUUGGGAACUUUGUCAUGUCUGCAGCCACUUUACAGGAUUGA